AUUUUUAUAGAAAUCUUUCGGCGCGUAGCUGUUAUACAGAAUGGAAUAUUUAAUUGGGAUACAGGGACCUGAUUUCGUCCUGGUCGCUGCGGAUAAUGUUGCGGCCAGCAGCAUCAUUCAGAUGAAACACGACUAUGACAAGAUGUUCAAACUAAGUGAGAAGAUCUUGAUGCUGUGUGUCGGAGAGGCAGGAGACACAGUACAGUUCGCAGAGUACAUCCAGAAAAACGUUCAGCUCUACAAAAUGAGGAACGGUUAUGAACUCAGUCCAGCAGCAGCAGCAAACUUCACAAGAAAGAACCUUGCAGAAUACCUUCGAAGCAGGACUCCAUAUCAUGUGAACCUGUUGCUGGCGGGCUACGAUGACACAGACGGCCCGGGUCUCUACUACAUGGACUACCUGUCUUCACUGGCCAAGGCCCCCUUCGCUGCCCACGGCUACGGAGCCUUCCUCACUCUCUCCAUCCUCGACCGGCACUACAGACCAGAUCUGACCAGAGAGGAGGCGGUGGAUCUGCUGAAGAAGUGCAUUGAGGAGCUCAACAAGCGCUUCAUCCUGAACCUUCCCUCCUUCACCGUGCGUUUGAUUGACAAGGAGGGCAUCCAUGACCUGGAGAAGCUCACCUCUGGCGCCAAGUGACCGCUCACUGCUCAACCACCAACCCUGACGCCCUCGUUUCUCUCUCUCUCUCUCUCUCUCUCUCUCUCUCUCCUCUUUUUUUUUUUUUUGUACCGUUGACCUCCUUGCUCUUUCUGUUCCAAUAAAAAGUGACACACAGUUGAGAUACAA